AUGGAUAUGGAGCUGGUGGCUCUGCAUGGAUCUAACAAGAUUCCUCGGGUGUCGGCUGCUCUCCUAUAUUUUGACCCACUGGGUAACUUUGUGGAGUACUAUGUCCUGGGCUUCCUCAUACACCUUUGGAGUUUUGUUCCGGAACGAGAGCUCUUUCGCCGCCAAGGCAUCUUGCGAGAUAGGUGGGAAUAUGCAGGAGCUUUCAGAGUCUGGUUUGAUGGCUGGCUGCUUCUGGGCAAUCGGGGACGCCUGGCUCUGCUGCGUAAAACCAUGGAACACUAUCAUGAGUUUGGUGCUGUCCGGCACUGCCGGGCGAUGGCGGUCUUCCGAGAUCCAGGACAGGCAGUGGAGGCGCUCUACAUGUACUUUCUACCAGUGUGCGACCUUUCCACAUGCCCGUGCUUCAUGCCCUCCCGUGCCCCAGCCAUGUGGAACAUGAUCAAGUCUGGGCUAGAGACACGAUGUGGAGUGCAUAUGCUCAUUGUGCAAGAGCCCUGUGCCAACAGCGAAGACCUGGAUGCGGAUGAGUCGAGCCAGGGUGGACCGGCACCGACCACCCCAGGCGGCACACCUUUACCUCCAGGUCCGCCACCACCUCAGCCAGUGCAGGCAAGGAAACACCUCAGCCAGCGUCUCAGCUCUCUGAUUGCGGACUUCCUCUCGCACGAAGGGGUUGAGGUGGACAGAGUGCUGACCUACAUCCCACCCAACUACAAGGACCUACGCAGCUGGCGAGUGGCAAUGGACUAUAUGGGCCAACAGGAAGCAGCGAACCACCCGAACACCCUCUAUGUUGAUGACUCCGCCCCUGAGGAUGCAGGAGAUGCGGAUGAUGGCUUUGAGGGCCACUCGGAGUCCAUCGAGGAGGAGCCACUGGAUGGAGGGACGAGAAGGGCUGGCACCACUACAUCUACGGCAUCGGGCUCCAGACCCUCCGCGACAGUGACCCACGCGAUCAACUCGGCACCGUGGCAUGGCACAGGCGGCGACACCGCAGCUCCCAGGCCCAAGACCAAUCGGAAGUCUGUGCCCCAGUUGCUAGUGACCGCUCUCCCAGGGUUGGGAGCUCGGGCACCCAAUCGGCUGUGCUACUUAGGCGACGACGUCACAACUGACCGGACUAGGAGUAGCCAAGGGUGUGCCUGGAUAGGGGGCGGACUUGAGCCAAAGGCGGACGGCAGUCUGCUAGCCCUCCCUUUUGUGGCUGUCACUGUGAUCGCUCUGCUGUGGCUUCAAAAAGAACGUGGACCCAUCGAGAACACCUCUGUGAUCAUGCCUGCACUGCAUUCCCCGAUACAAUCCUGCCUCUCUGCGUGCUCCUUGUCCUCUUUGGCAUUGCUGGAUAGACUCCGGAUCGUCAGCUGGAACAGUGGAGGCCUCACCUCCACCAGAUACAAAGAGGUCCUUGCAUGGUUGCAGCAGUCCCACGAGGCUGGCUGUACCUACGACGUCUGCAUUUUGCAGGAGACGAUGUGGCCACAGGACUCAGAAUUUAUAGCUAAGCUUGAUGGCCCAAACCACCUUCAAUGGCAUGCUGUCCACAGUGCAGGCAAAAGUCAUGAGGGAAUUCUUUGCUUGGUUCGAACAGGAGUGGUCCCGGCCGAGAACAUAAGGUACAAUGUACUUGAACCAGGACGACUCGUACAUGUCCGCCUGCUCCUCUGUGCACCGUGUGACAUCCUGUGCACAUACCAAUGGUCCUGGAAUCCGGGGAAAGUGGAGCUCCAAGGCACGAACCGGGUCGAGGAGAUGCUACGCCAGCGAAGACGGAUCUGGCAGGCGAUGGACAAAUGGCUGAGCUCCAUUCCCAGGCGCAGUACCUGCAUUGUCGUUGGCGAUUUCAAUUGCUCCCUUGUCCCAGAAAGACCGGUAUGUGGGGAAGGAGUACCUACAUCCGGAGGUGGGCACCCAGAUCAGGAAUCGUUUCAAGAAAUAGCUCGGACCCAUGGAUGCUGUGCCCUCAACACAUGGAGAACCAAAGGCCCUCAUGCUCGUACCUACCUCCCGCCGAACGCCACUGCCCAGCACGGCUCUCAGAUUGACUUCGUCUUGUUUCGUGGCCAAGGGGCAGACCAAACAGCGAGGAACGCUGGACCAUUGCAAGCGGAGUUUGUCCCUCACACGGGCUGCAGGCACCUACCCAUCCAGGCAGUGAUCCCGGCACCACGCCGACCUACUACCAGGCCAGCGCAGCAGAGGGUGGCUCCCAGGUUGGCCCAAAGUGCACUUCGACAGGCUGACUUUCAGUACCACCUUCAAGGGGAACUGGAUGGAGUCUUGCACUCAACCCUCCCGGAGAAUCUAGCUGAUGGAGAUGUGAAUCAAUGGCUUCUGGCAGGAUGGAAUGCCACCACACGAGCGCUUCGUCGCGAAGGCCCCGCAACACCAACCCAGACUCCUGGAGAUACGCUCACACUGCAGGUGAAGAAACUAUGGAGCUUGAGGACCAGGGCGUUUGAGGUUGGAAGACAGUUGGGACAGUGGCAGAGGAAUGGACCCAGUGCCCGCCAGGUCUUCCAGGCCUGGUUGGUGACGACCCAGCUCCAGGCACACAACCGCACCCUGCGAAAGGAGUGUCGCCGAAAGAAAAUUGAGAAGGUCGCGGAGGUUGUGCGGGCUGACAACAUAUACCAGGCGGCCAAACGGUUCGCCCCUCGGACCCCGAAGAGACGAAUCCAACUUCGGAAAGAGGACGGCAGCCUGCAAACACAUGAGGCCGAAUUUCGACAAAUUGUGUGCCACUUCGAGGACCUCUACUCGGGUGAAACGGGGCCUGCCCCGGCCCUACCAGAGGCUCUCAACAUCACGUUGGAGGAGAUCCAGUUUGCCUUGUCCAGGUUGCAACCGGGGAAGGCAAUGCCGUCGGACAGUGCCCCCGCGGUGCUGUGGAAAUGGUAUGGCCACACUCUGGCCCCGGUGCUCCACCAGCAGUUCCAGAAACACUUGGGGAAGGGGGCAUGCUCGCUGCCGGAGGCCUGGACCCUCAGCGAGUUGGUCUUGAUCCCCAAGGCGGGGAAACCAAUGAAAACCCCAGCACAUCUGCGGCCAAUUUCACUUCUGCCACCACAAGCAAAACUGCUGGCGACUGUUCUAGCACAGCGAAUCCAGGAGCCUAUGAAGCUUUACCUCACGAAGCUCCCGCAAUACGCCUACGUGGAGGGUCGUACCAUUCACCAGGCGGUAGAACGUGUGAUCAGCCACUGUGCUGAGGUCCGCUGCUUGGUUCAGGGCAACACCCACACGAUCCACAACAAGCGGCAAGGACGUGAGAGCCUCAGCCUGUACGGUGGCAUCCACCUGUCCUUGGAUCUCACGGGCGCCUAUGACCAUGUACAAUGGCCCCUCUUGCGGCAGGCCCUAGAAGCUGCAAACAUCCCGGAGGUCCACAUUCAGACGAUUCUCUUGAUCCACUCCACGGCCCGACUCCAAGUACGCCAUUGUGGGAUGGAACAGAAUGUGCAAUUGAAGCGCGGCCUGAGACAGGGAUGUUCCCUGUCACCCUCACUGUGGGCAGUGUUCUCGGGAUGGCUACUCCAGCGUAUGCAUGAUCCUCAAUUGCUCGAUGUGCAUCGCACUAACACGAGUUAUGCUGAUGAUCAGCACUUCGGAUGGACGAUUCGAAACGGCAAGGACUUGGAGGGGGCGUAUGCGGCCAUGCGCCACAUCCUGGCCUGCCUUCUCCAGGCGGGCCUUAAAGUGAGUCAGGAGAAGACGGUGAUAGUACUGGAACUUCAGGGAGCAUAUGCCACCAAGGCCCUGGCCAGAUACACGGUCGACCGGCCACAAGGCAAGUACUUUCGCUUUGACAUCGCGGGAAACAACAUGUACAUCAAGAUCGUUCCCAAGCAUGUGUACCUCGGGGUUGUCAUUAGCUUCCGAAAGUUUGAGGUGGAAUCGUUCAAGCACAGACUCACCUUGGCACGCAGUACGUUCUCCAGGCUCGGGGUGAUUCUGAGGAACAAAAACGUGCCAUCACGACUCCGACUGAUACUCUGGAGAGGAUGUGUGUGGCCGGCCCUCUUCUAUGGACUGGACAGCACGGGACUCCCACAAAAGGAGCUCACCACGUUGCUGACACAACUCAUCAAGCAAGCUAGGGCUAUCACGAACUCCCACAGCAUGUUCACAAAGGAGCGAAACGAGGACUUUGUUCGUCGACUUGGCCUGCCUGACCCGGUGAAGCGCUUACAGAAUGCCCUUAGACAGCGGGAAGCAUUAGACUGUAGCCUGUCUCCGGAACUGGCUCCAGGCCCGGCUCAGCUACAAUGGCGCCACAUUGUGAGAGGGCACCUCUUCGAGGGAGUUGGCUGUUGGAGUCACCCCACGGGGAUGCCCAUCUCAGAGCUUGUAUCGGUGUGUUCAACGGAGUGUACCUCCAUCGCCGCCUUGCUAGAGGGAGAGCCCUUACGCUAUCAGGAACUGAGGGAGGCGACGCAGGACCUCAGCCUGCUCCGCUCAAUGAUACAUCAAACACAACCGGGCAUGGCGAGCAACAUGGACUGGAGCCGAGACCUUCACCGAGCACGGGAAUCGGAGCUGUGGGAGGACUCGGAGAGGCCCCCAAAGUGGUCCCGACCGGACCAAAAAGGCCAAAAGGGAAACCGCGGCGGCAAAGGUCAGAACCCGCGCCGACAGGCCCCACACUUCGGCAACUCUGGGCGAGAUCAUCAACCGGGACCACCGACCAGGAAGCCUCAGCAGCAGACGGACGAGCGAGCCGCCCCGACCCGCCAAGAGAUGCAGGAGUUCCGCAACAUCCUGGGCAUCAUGAAGACGCUCGUCCUCCGCCAGGAGACCCAACAGACGAUCAUGAGGCAGGACACAGGGUUCAUGGUGUUUGUGCAAACGAAUGCCCCAGGCAAUCUGGCACAGUCGCUGUACCGCAUAGGGCAACAAUGGAACACCAUGAAGCGGGAGGAUCCUACAGCCCUGCAAUCGCCCAUGCGAGUUGUCCUCUACCAGCACCUCCUCGAGACCAUCAAGGACAAGUUCUUGGCCAUGAUGAACUCACCCUCAUCCAGGUCCAAGGCGGCAGAGAUGGGCUGGAUCUCCCAGGAUGGCAAGGAGGUGUAUGCGGUCAAGUGGGACAUGGACCAACAGAAGCACGUCAAGGAUGCUACAGUGGGCGGCCUCAGUCCCCAAGAGAUCGAGGAGGCCCUGACCGAACUGAUCAUCCUGGCUCCGGAGGUGCUCGUGGUUCAGAGGUUCCAUGCUACGAGACAGCUGGCCGAGGAGUACCAGUCACCGGUGAUCGGGAUGUUCCUGGAGGUGGGACUUCGAACAACGGCGGCCCAGACUACAUGGAGACGCCUACAUAUGCUUGCCAGAUCCGCGACCUGGGCGGCAGGGGGCUGCUUCCUUCGACACGAGCGCAUGCAGAUGAGUGCACUCGCGAAGAGGCUCGCGAACUUGAUGGAGUGA